GCGGCAGCUCAUGCGCACGGUCCGGGGCGGCCGGGACACGGCGGGGAGCCGGGCAGCGGAGAACGGAACCGGCGAGGACCCGGGAUGAGCUGUGCCCACGUGUGACCCUGCCACCAUGCUGGUCAAGGAGUACCGCAUCUGCAUGCCACUCACCACCGAGGAGUACCGUGUGGGGCAGCUGUACACCAUCAGCAAGCACAGCCACCAGGAGAGUGAGAAGGGUGAGGGCGUGGAGGUGGUGCGGAACGAACCCCACGAGGACCCCGUGCACGGCCCUGGGCAGUUCACCGAGAAGCGUGUCCACCUCUCCAGCAAGCUGCCCAGCUGGGCACGGGCGGUGACUCCCCGCAUCUUCUACAUCACGGAGAAGGCCUGGAACUACUACCCCUACACCAUCACUGAGUACACGUGCUCCUUCCUGCCCAAGUUCUCCAUCUACAUUGAGACCAAGUACGAGGACAACUGCGGGGAUAGCGAGAACAUCUUCCACAGCGAUAAAAUCCUGGGUGACCACGAGGUCUCCUUCCUGGACAUCGCCUUUGAUGAGAUCCCCGAGCGCUACUACCGCAGCCUGGAGGACCCCCGGUUCUUCAGCUCAGCCAAGACGGGCCGGGGGCCGCUGCGGGAGGGCUGGCGCCAGCACACCAAACCCAUCAUGUGUUCCUACAAGCUGGUGACCGUCAAGUUCGAGGUGUGGGGGCUGCAGACGCGGGUGGAACAGUUUGUGCACAAGGUGAUCCGGGACAUCCUGCUGAUAGGGCACCGGCAAGCCUUCACCUGGGUGGACGAGUGGUGCGGCAUGACGAUGGAGGAGGUGCGGCGGUAUGAGAGAGAGACGCAGGAGGCCACCAACGAGAUCAUCGGCCUGGUGGCCCCCACCAUUUCGGUCAGCGAGGUGGGGCAGCCCACAGCCACUCACUCGGCCCCCGCCAGUGCCCCCUCCACCCCUCUCGGCGACGACGCCCCCGACUUCCUCGCCCCCCCCAAAGCUCGGCCCCGCAAGAAGUCAGCGCCGGAGACCCUGACGCUGCCUGCGCUGCGGGAACGUGCCAGCGCAGAGUGAUGCCGCACCGCGCUGCUGCACCUUGCCACCUCCCCAGCCAGACUGUCCUCUGCUCCGUGCCAGCCCUGCCACCCGCCUCAUCCCCUCC